AUUGUGAGUGUAACACACGUAACAGCAUGGCUGAUGAACCCUCAGAGAAGAAAAAUAAACCAAACACACUCUCAAAUAAAGAGGGCGAAGAGAGAAAAAACUGGAAGAAAUGGAAAGAACAAAAGAAAGAAGAGAAGCGGCGACGAAAAGAGACCAAACUCAUCCAGCAGCUGGAGAAACAGAAGCUGAAGAAAGAGGAGGAAAAUCAACAGCAGGUUAAACAGGAAGAGAAGGAAAGUAAAGGUCGUCUUUAUACAGUGAGCGUGGCUCUGCCUGGAUCAGUGAUGGAUAACGCUCAGUCUCCAGAGCUGCGGACGUAUCUGGCUGGUCAGAUCGCCCGAGCGUGUGCUGUUUUCUGUGUGGAUGAGGUGGUCAUUUUUGACGAGCUGGGAGAAGACGCAAAGAGCGUUGAAGGAGAGUUUAAAGGUGUGGGUAAGAAAGGCCAGUCCUGUGUCCAGCUGGCACGCAUCCUGCAGUACCUCGAGUGUCCACAAUAUCUACGGAAAUUCUUCUUCCCGAAGCAUCAGGAUCUGCAGUUUGCUGGUCUGUUGAAUCCUCUGGACAGCCCUCAUCACAUGCGCAUUGAUGAAGAGGCGGAGUUUCGAGAGGGCGUGGUUCUUGAUCGGCCAGUCAAAGCAGGAAAAGGCUCCUUUGUCAACUGCGGCAUGAGGAAGGAAGUUCAGAUCGAUAAACAGCUGAAAACGGGACUGAGAGUGACCGUACAGCUCAACGAGAGCCAAAACAAAGAUGGAAGAGUGUAUAAAGGUGUGGUUGUUGCUCCUCACAUCCCCAGGACUGAAGCUGGACUCUACUGGGGAUACAGCGUCCGACUGGCCUCCUGUCUCAGCGCUGUGUUCUCUGAGUGUCCGUAUAAAGAGGGUUAUGAUCUGACCAUCGGGACCUCAGAGAAAGGACAGAACACAGAUCAUGUGACUCUCCCAGCCUUCAGGCACAUGCUGGUGGUGUUUGGAGGUCUGCAGGGUUUAGAGGCCAGCGUUGAUGCGGAUGAGAAUCUGACCAUCAGUGACCCCAGCGUGCUUUUUGACCUUUACCUCAACACAUGUCCAGCACAGGGCAGCCGCACCAUCCGCACAGAGGAGGCGCUAUUGAUCAGUUUGUCAGGACUCCGACAGAAAAUCGCAUCUACAUUUCCAGACCCACCCACAGGAUGACCAACAGAAAGUGCAUCUUAAUGGACCACAGGAAGUGCAUCAACAGGUUGAGCAAUCCAGACUAAAUCUGCACUGUAAAACUGCUUCCUAUUCAAUGUACAUUUUUUGAAUCAUUUCAUAUUGACCUUUUAUCGAAAUAUUAAUGUAUAAAAGUUGUUUGCAAACAUAAAAACCACAAAACUGGA